AUGGACUACCGCAGCAGUGGAGUACCAGGCGAGAACCUCAUCCUCGUCUGGCGUGUCUCCGACCUCGACAAGCUCAUCUUCGACACCCUCUCCGCAGACCUCUACUGCAUGGACGCUGACGGCCCCGACACCGGCGUCUGGCGAUCGGUCCAGACUCUCUUCACAGGCAUGCAGAUCCAACCACCCGCAGGACAGUAUGCCUUCAGGCUACCAGAUUGCGGCCCCGAGGCCACCACCGGCUCCAUCCAACUCCUCGCCCAGGGAUCAAGCUUCCUCGGAUACGACUUUGAACAGGACAAGUGCGACUUUGCAAUCAAGGCCCCUAUGCUCGAACCACAGCUUCUUCCGCCUCAGCCCUUCAUGCCCCCUAUUGACCCUUCUCCAUCUUCCUCAGAGUCCCCGCCCUCGCCUACACCUUCGACCAAAAGUUCGGGUGUGGCGAGGAUACCCAGGAUUGGGACACCAACGACCACCACUACGCACACGCCAACCACCACUAUCCAGCCCAUCGCCCCAUUAGUCCCUACACAGCCAUCCAUAUCUAGCACAGACACAAGCACAGAGGCCGUAACCAUCGGCAGCCCUACCACCACAGCCGUCAGCAGCGCCAUAUAUUCCCCAAAUCCCGACAGUACCACUCUUUCUCCCUCCACUACAACAUCGACUUCUGCGCCCGGAUCUGGAGACGGUUCCGGAGGAUCAUCCCAGUCGUCUUCAGUAUUCCAUGGAGACACCAGCCCCGUGACGACCUCGAUGCCACUACCCCAACCCAACGGCGAUUCUUCCUUAAGCGGCUCAGAGGAUGGGACAGUACGGCGGAGGGUCAGAACCCUCUGGGCCACGAUCUGCAGCGCCUUGAUCCUGAUUUGCCUGGCAGCCGUGGUGGCCUCGCUUGUGAUUAGUCGGCGCCGUCGCAGGAUCUGUGGGUUUGCGGGGGCGACCCGUUCCAAAAAGGCGUUUCCCCGAUCGAGAUCGUCGGAGGGUAUUAUGAAAGAGACCAAGAGAAGACUCCGACUUGGGCGUAAACCAAAGGAGGGCUAUUUUUAUCAGAUGGAAGAUGAUGGGGAUGAUGAUGACGACGUCGAGACAACAACGACAACGACAACGACACGGUUGGACGAAAAAGCUUUGGGCAUCCUCCCCGCGGGCAUUUCCACGGGCACUGAAAGCUAUACAGAUCUAGAGACUGCGCGGGAAUCCCGAGGAGGUUUAACAUCGAAAUGGAGCAACAACGCGAGAGCAGCCGCGGACAUGGAUGUUGCACAGAUCGCUGUACCACCACAUGCACAUUUUGAGACCCCAAUAUUGCCGCCUCAAACGCGGAUGGCCUCAUCACCAUUCACGGAUUCGUACGGUGGCACCAAUUCCAUGACAUCGACGCGUUCUAAUUUCGAGACAUCCUCUGUGGUCCGCAAGUACUGGGCUGCGGCGAUGCAGGCGCGCGCAGAGCGUCUGUUACAGGAGUAUCCGCCACUGUCAUCAUCAUCAGCAGCAGCACGGAAUCUGGAAGAGGGAUUCGACGCAGGAUCGAUCAACAGCAGCAGCGGCCGAGACUCUGAAUCCCGUAUGGCCGAUAUCCUUAGUUUGAGAACCGCGGGCAGUGGCGCCAGUAUGGCCGACACCAUCGGGGCCGCAUCAUCACGGUAUCGGUACAGGAGGAGCACGCUCAACUCUUUGGGCAAUUCGUCUCUUGGGCUUCAGCAGAGUAUGACAGAGACAACGGGCUCGCUAUCGAGUAUCCCGGAUAGUUUGAUGAUCACGGAGGAGGAGUUCCAGGAAAGGCUGCGACAGUAUGAGCUGCAGCAACAGGAGUACGAUCGGUAUUAUCAGGAUCAUCUGCCUUCGGGCGCCAGUUAUCCUUCGCGAUCGACGAUCAGCAGGACGAAUUCGAUCCCGUCGUUGACGUCGAGUAACGAUCCGUUCAAGACGUUUGAUUCGAACGAGGGUCUACUGGACAUGGACCCGUUCUCAGAUCAGAAGGCUGAGUCGCUCUCGCCUUCGUGGUCAAGCCUGCAUCGGUAG